AUGAUUGGAUCUUCGGUCUUACUACUACCUUGCAGUCCCACCAAAAUCCUCUCCACUUUGCUGCUAACCUUUCAUUGCCCUCUCCCCUCAAUCACCCUUCCAUUGCCCCCUCCUCUCUGCUACCUUCCCUUCGGCCACUUCCAUUCCCUUGCCCUUCAAUUUCUGACCCUCCACUACCUUUCAAUUGCCCUCUCCCAUCCAUUGACCAUGCUUUUUCCUUCCCCCUUGCCCUUGCCCUCUCCCCUCCAUUACCCGUCCAUCCUCCUCCCCCCUUCCCCUUGCCCUCUCCCUCCAUUAACUUUAAUUUCAUCCCCUUUCCCCUUGCCCUCUCCCCUCCAUUACCCUUCCAUUACCCUUCCAUUACCCUUCCAAUUUCCUUCCCUCUUCACCUUGCCCUCUCCCCUCCACUACCCUUCAAUUUUCCUUUCCCCUUCCCCUUGCCUCUCCCCUCCACUACCUUUCCACUUUCCUUCCCCAUUUUCCUUGCCCUCUCCCCUCCACUACCCUUCUAUUAUCCUUCCCCCUUCCUCUUGCCCUCUCCCCUCCAUUACUCUUCCAUUCUCCUUCCCCCUCCCCCUUGCCCUCUCCCCUCCAUUACUCUUCUAUUCUCCUUCCCCCGCUCCCUUGCCCUCUCCCCUCCAUUACCCUUCCAUUUUCCUUCCCCCUUCCCCUUGUCAUCUCCCCUCCACCUCCCUUCUAUUUCCUCUUUCCGCCAACUCCCAGUACCCUCCCCUUCUACCAGUCAACCACCCUUCCCAGCCACACCCAGUUCGGAGACGCCUGGAACUAUCUUGGUUAACAGUGUCUCUUGCUGUGGUUUUCUGCCUUGCUCUGCCACCUGUGCCUGAUCUGCUGCACCCGCUACUGUCCCCACUCCCACUGCUGCCAACCAUACCACCUCCUUCCCCUCCACCAUUCUCCCCGCCAUUCCCACUCACAUUCAUCUCCCCUCCCUCCCCUCUCCCCCUUUUCCUUCAGCCAUUCUCCUCUCCUUUUCCACUCACAUCCAUCUCUCUUCCCUCCCCUCUCCCCCUUUUCCUUCAGCCCUUCUCCUCUCCUUUUCCACUCACAUCCAUCUCCCCUCCCUCCCCUCUCCCCUUUUUUCCUUCAGCCCUUCCCCUCUCCUUUUCAACUUACAUCCAUCUCCCCUCCCUCCCCUCUCCCCUUCCUUCAGCCAUUCUCCUCUCCUUUCCCACUCACAUCCAUCUCCCCUCCCUCACCUCUCACCCAUUUCCUUCAGCCAUUCUCCAUUUCUUUCCCAUUCACAUCCAUCUCCCCUCUCUCCCCUUUUCCUUGUGCUGUGCUCCUCUCCCUUUUCUCUCUUCCGUUUCCUUCUGCCUUUCACUCAUCUCCCCAUCACCCUUUCCACCCACAUCCAUCUCGCCUCCCUCCACUCUCUCCUUUUUACUUUCAGCCUUUCUCCUUGCCCCUUUCCCCAUCUGCUGCCUUCUGCCUUUUUCUCUCCCCCCCCUCAACCCCACCCUCUCCAAUCAUAACCAUCCCCACUUCCCUCCCUCUUUCCCCUCCCUCUGCCUCACUCCCCCCCUUUAA